AAGACACCUCCUCGGGGUCCUCAGCACACGGUUUUGUUUACAACCACGUCACCAGGAAGUACAUCGCCAGGUGUCAGGAUGCAGAGACAGGACUCACAGGACGCUCCUCUUUUUGGGGAAGACGACGAUCACAUCAGGCGAAGUAAAUUCAAUGUAAGACAUCCGCUGGCCUCAUUCUUCCACCUCUUCUUCCGAUCAAGCGCCAUCUUGGUCUACUUGUUCUGUGACAUCUUCAGUAGUCGCUUCAUUGCCUGCAUGGUCACCAUCAUCCUCCUGCUGUCAUGUGAUUUUUGGACUGUCAAGAAUGUGUCUGGCAGAUUGCUGGUAGGCCUUCGGUGGUGGAAUCAAGUGGAUGACGAUGGGAAGAGCCACUGGGUGUUCGAGUCAAAGAGGACGGACAGUUUGAGAGCGACCUCCGGGGCAGAGUCACGGAUUUUCUGGCUGGGACUCAUCGUGUGCCCGAUCUUCUGGGUCAUUUUUGUGUUUAGCACCAUCUUCUCUUUCAAGUUGAAAUGGCUGGCUGUAGUCAUCAUGGGCUUGGUUCUACAAUGGGCCAACUUGUACGGUUACCUCCGAUGUAAAAUGGGUGGACAGUCCAACCUGAGAGACAUGGCAAGGAACUACCUCGGUGUGCAGAUGUUUAAACAGGCGAUGAAGAAAACAGAGCGCCUUUGAAGUUGACGAAGACAAGUGACAACAGUCUCUAUUGUGGUGGAUUAUAUGUACUUGAUUCCUGUGAGCUCUGUUAACUCCUUUCUGGGGUUUUCUUGUUGCUUUCACUCAGGUGUUUGGUAAAAACUGAUUUUGUAUGAUUUGUUUCUACUGAAUAUUUUGACUUACAAAUUAAAAUGUUCCAAUAAUACAACCUAGUUGCUGUUGGGAAUGCAUUUGAUGCAGUUGUUGUGGUGGUGCAGGCUGCAGACAGAGUCACUGCUGAAAGUUAAUUCUAAAAUGUAAAUCACUAUGAAUUCCUUACUAGUAAAGAUUUUACCAAGUCUUCACUGUCCCUUCAGUUUAUCUGAAACUAGGAUUUAAAGAAGGGAAUGUUAAAAUGUCUGACCUGGAUCAAGAUGGUGCCUAAUUUUGAAGUCUUUGUAUACUGGGGGAAGAAUAUAUAACAAUAUCUUUGUUACCUCAUUGGCCCUACUAUUAAAACCUGGACUGGGUUUUGCUUAGGUUGUUUUUUAAUCAAACUUUAUGAUAUCAUAGGCUGAUGAAAUGGGAGGGUAUUGUAGGGUUUCUGAAGUGUAAAAUAAUAAAACAAAAAAAAUAAUUCA